AACAUCCCACCAGCCCGCAAUUUCUAAGUUGGUGACCCGAAUUUCAGUGCGGUCUCUCUGACUCAGUGAAACUUCUAAAACAACAGCAUAUACUCUGCAGAGAGGAUAUUGAAAGGCCUAGAAUUUCAAUAUCGCAAUCAUGGCAGCUGUUGAAGCCACUGCGAAGGCUAUGGAGAAUGCCACAAUCUCCAAAACUAAGGAGUUGAAAGGCACUGAGAAGAGAGACAAACUUAUUGCAAUCGAGAGAAAGUACCAAGCACAAUGGGAAAAGGAUGGUGUAUUUCAACCGGAUGCUCCUUCAACUUCCGAUGUUCCCCUCCACUCUGUCUCCGCCGCAGAGUUGCGCGAACAGCACCCUAAAUUCUUUGGUACCAUGGCAUAUCCUUACAUGAACGGCACUCUUCAUGCUGGUCACAGUUUCACCGUCAGUAAGAUCGAGUUUACUGCAGGUUUCGCACGUAUGCAAGGAAAGAGAACUCUGUUCCCUAUGGGUUUCCAUUUGACAGGUUUACCUAUCAAAGCAGCCGCCGACAAGCUUGUGAAGGAGAUCAAGCUUUUCGGAAAGAACUUUGAAAACUACAAGGAAGAAGAGGUCUCGGAAGAGAAGACAAACACCCCUACACCAACCACCCAUCACGAAGACGUCACUAAAUUCACCGCGAAAAAAGGAAAGGCUGCCGCAAAAGUUGUCAAGAUGAAGUACCAAUUCCAGAUCAUGGGGGCAUUAGGCAUUCCAUUGGAAGACAUCCAUCAAUUCGCAGACCCACAUUACUGGGGUGCCUACUUCUCUCCUCUGUGUAAACGAGACCUUACGAAUUUUGGAGCUCGUAUUGAUUGGAGGAGAUCGUUUGUUACAACUGACGCCAACCCAUACUAUGAUGCUUUCGUCCGAUGGCAGAUGAACCGCCUCAAGGAGCUUAAGAAAAUUAAGUUCGGAAAGAGAUACACAAUUUACUCGCCAAAGGACGGACAACCAUGCAUGGACCAUGAUCGAAGUGACGGAGAGGGUGUUGGCCCACAAGAUUACUUAGCCAUGAAGUUAAAGGUCUUGGAAUGGUCGUCAGAAGCCGAAGCUGCUAUCAAGGAUAAAGUCCCAGCGGAUGCGGAUAUUUUCUUCGUACCCGCUACUCUUAGACCAGAGACGAUGUAUGGUCAAAAUUGUUGUUUUGUCGGACCUAAGAUUACGUAUGGUGUUUUCAAAGUUUCAGAAAAGGAAUACUUCGUAAUUACCGAUCGCGCGGCAAAAAACAUGUCAUAUCAAGAUAUUUUCUCUGAAAAUGGUAAAGUCGACAAGGUUGCAGAGAUUGUUGGUUCAGCAUGUGUUGGAACCUUAGUCAAAGCUCCUCUCUCUGUGCACAAGGAUGGUAUCAGGAUACUUCCUAUGGAGUCGGUCCUUCCUACCAAAGGUACUGGAGUUGUCACCUGUGUACCAUCUGACAGUCCAGAUGAUUAUGCGACUAUCAUGGAUCUCGCGAAGAAGGCGGAGUAUUAUGGUAUCAAAAAAGAAUGGGCCGAAUUGGAAAUUAUUUCUGUCAUCAACACGCCUUCAUUUGGAGAUAUGUGCGCUCCGUUCUUGGUGAAGAAGCUCAAGAUUGCUUCACCAAAGGACAAGACAAAAUUGGAAGAGGCAAAAGAGCUUGCUUACAAGGAGGGUUACUAUCAAGGUACCAUGACAUUCGGAGAGUUCAAGGGAGAGAAGGUCGAAGUUGCCAAACCUAAGGUCAGAAAGCAAAUUAUCGACGCUGGUGAGGGCUUUGCAUACUCAGAACCCGAGCGAAAGGUCACCAGUCGAUCUGGAGAUGAUUGCUGUGUUGCAUUAAUGGAUCAAUGGUACCUUGACUAUGGAGAGGAAUCCUGGAGAAAGGAGGCCCUCGCACAUGUUGAUUCUGGUUUGAACUCUUACUCGCAAGAGACCAAAAAUGGAUUUGAAGGUGUCCUCAACUGGCUCAAUCAAUGGGCCUGUGCCAGAACUUAUGGUCUAGGAUCGAAACUUCCCUGGGAUCCUCAUUUCUUGGUUGAAAGUUUGAGUGACAGUACCAUUUAUAUGGCAUACUACACCAUUGCUCACUAUCUUCACAACGAUAUUUUCGGUAAGACUCAAGGUCUUGCUGGAAUAAAAGCAGAACAGAUGACAGACGAGAUUUGGGAUUAUGUCUUUGCUCGUCGGGAUAUCAGUGAUGAAAUCUUGAACCAGAGCAAGAUUCCAAAGGAGACUCUCGAGUCUAUGAGGAGAGAAUUCGAGUACUGGUAUCCACUUGACCUUAGAGUAUCAGGAAAGGAUCUUAUUCCUAACCAUCUCACUUUCUUCCUUUACAUUCAUAUUGCCAUAUUCCCUCCAGAGUACUGGCCAAAGGGUGUCCGUGCCAAUGGCCACUUGCUCUUGAAUGGAGAGAAGAUGAGUAAAUCUACUGGUAACUUCAUGACAUUAUUUGACAUGAUCAACAAAUAUGGUGCAGAUGCUAGUCGUAUCGCGUUGGCUGAUGCAGGAGAUGGAGUUGCAGAUGCCAAUUUCGAGGAAGACGUUGCUGAUAACAAUGUUCUCCGUCUCUACACCCUUCGAGAAUGGUGCGAAGACAUGGUCAAGGAUCAAAAUAACCUUCGUACUGGAGAGAAGAACGAUUUCCUUGAUGCGCUCUUCGAGAACGAAAUGAAUGCUAUUGUUCACGAAUGUCGUCAACAUUACGAAGCAACAGACUACAAACUUGCCCUCAAAUUGGCUCUUUAUGACUUCACAGGCGCUCGUGACUUCUAUCGUGAAGCAAGCAUCGCUGCCGGAAUCAAGAUGCAUAAAGAUCUGAUCUUCCAAUAUAUCGAGCUUCAAGCUCUCCUUCUGGCUGUUAUUGCGCCUCAUUGGUCUGAAUAUAUCUGGCUUGAGGUCCUCCACAAACCCACUACUAUUCAAAAGGCCCUUUACCCCGACGUUCCAGCCCCAAUUCCAGCUCUCAGUGCUGCUCGUGAUUACGUCCGAUCUACAUCCUCGAAUAUCACUUCUGCAGAAGCCGCUCAACAAAAGAAGAAAGCGAAAGGAAAGGACAUCGGAUACGACCUCAAGAAACCUAAGAAGCUUACCAUUUUCUCUGCCGCUAAAUUCCCUGUUUGGCAACAAAAGUACAUCGACCUUGUUCGCGAGUCUUGGGACCCAGAAACAAAGACUGCUAAUGACAAGGAACUGAAUGGAAAGAUUGCUAAGAUGGGUGAAAUGAAGAAAGCUAUGCCUUUCGUACAAGUCUUGAAGAGGAGAUUGCAAAGUGGUGAGGCUCCAGAGCAAGUUUUCGAGAGAAAGUUGGCCUUCGAUGAGAAAUCAACACUCAAGAACAUGGUAGCUGGCCUUAAAAAGGCAGCUGGACUGUCGGUGAUAGAAUUAGUCAUUGUAGAUGGUGAGGAGGGCGCAAAGAAGGGUGUUAUCGUCCCAGUUGAGGGUGGUGAGGAAAAGGAGUAUGCUACUUUGCCAAACAUGGCUGAGCAAGCAGUUCCUGGCAGCCCAACCUUCUUAUUUGAGAAUGUUGAGAUUUAAGUAGUAAAUUAGAUAUCAAAUUGAGAUAUUUUAAGUAAUUUUAUUGUCUUAAUGAUUUGAUUAAU